AUGAACAAAUGGAUAAAGAAAUGGCUUCAAGUGUACUUGAAGUGUUUCAUAAACCUUAUAUUAUACUAUAGAAAUGUGUAUCCUAAGACGACCUUUGACCUAACAACAUUCCAAGGAUUCAAUUUACCACAACAUUUACCUAUAAAUAGAAAUGAUACACUACAAAACUACAUAGAGGAACUAAUAUCUGAUAUAAUUGGUAAGUUGAACCAUAUUUAUAGAGUAGGAAUUUGUAUUAUGAAUAUUAAAAAUGAUUAUUGUAUUGAAAAAUAUGUAUUAGACUUUGGGGAAUUUAAACAUUAUACAGAUAAAAGUGAAGAGGAGAAUAGCACUUCGUUACUUCGUGAAACAGACGUAUUUGACGAAUUCAGAUCGAGUUUGAAUAGUCUACAAUCAAAAUUAGAGAAAAUGGAUAGUAUUAAAGAUGAAUAUGUCACUUUUGAAGUAGUAAUAAAUACUUUGGAAAUGAAUUUAGGUCAUGGUGUAGUUGAUACUAUCACAAACGAAGAAGUUGAUCAGACAUUACAAUUCGAAAGAGAUACUAAUUGGACUAAAAUGAAAGAAGAUGAUAAUCUACCAAAUUUAAGACCUAAAGAGUUAUCGAUGUUAGAGGACGAUGGUAUUAUUGUAAGUCAGCCGGAACAUCUUUCUCAAUUUCAGAAACCAAAGAUUAGAAUUACAUCCUUGAUUGGUUGUGACAUAAACCCUUUUAUCAUCCAUAAUUAUAUAGAAAGAUUAAUCUUUCAUGAUGGAUCAUCUGAAAGUGCUUAUGUAGACCAAUCUAUUGUGUCUUCACUUUAG